AUGGGUAUCAAACACCUGUACCAGCUCAUCGAGGAGCAUGCGCCAGAGGCAGUCAAGAAGGGCGAGAUCAAGAACCAGUUUGGACGUAAAGUCGCCAUAGAUGCAUCUAUGAGCAUCUACAGUUUCCUCAUCGCAGUCCGCUCCGAUGGCCAGCAGCUCAUGAGCGAGACGGGCGAAACCACAUCUCAUCUCAUGGGUCUCUUCUACCGCACAAUGCGCAUGGUCGACAACGGCAUCAAGCCCCUCUACGUCUUCGAUGGCGCUCCGCCCAAGCUCAAGUCCGGCGAGCUCGCCAAGCGUUUCCAGCGCAAGACAGAGGCACACGCGGCAGCUGAGGAGGCGAAAGAGACGGGUACAGCGGAAGACGUUGAGAAGUUCUCGCGGCGGACAGUCAGGGUCACGAGGGAGCAUAACGAGGAGUGCCAGCGCUUGCUCAAGCUCAUGGGCAUCCCGUACAUUGUCGCACCGACCGAGGCUGAAGCUCAAUGUGCUACGUUGGCGAGAGGAGGCAAGGUGUACGCCGCUGCUUCAGAAGACAUGGACACCCUUACUUUCGAUUCACCCAUUCUGCUGCGACACCUGACCUUCAGCGAGCAGCGCAAAGAGCCCAUCCUGGAGAUCCACCUGGACAAGGUGCUCGAAGGUCUGAACAUGGAGCGGAAGCAGUUCAUCGACCUCUGCAUCCUCCUCGGCUGCGAUUAUCUCGACCCCAUCAAAGGCAUCGGCCCAAGCACCGCCCUCAAACUCAUCCGCGAGCACACCGACCUUGAGGGCGUCGUCGAGCACAUCAAAUCCCAAUCCUCCAAGAAGCUCACCAUCCCCGACGAUUGGCCAUUCGCUGAUGCGCGUCUCCUCUUCCUCGAGCCCGACGUGCGCCCCGCCGACGACCCAGAAUGUGACUUCAAGUGGGAAGCACCUGACGUAGAAGGUCUCGUCAAGUUCCUAGUCGAGGAGAAGCACUUCAACGAAGAUAGGGUGCGUAACGGAGCAGCCAAGCUACAGAAGAACAUGAAGACGGCGCAGCAGAGCAGACUAGAGGGCUUCUUCAAGCCGAUUGAGAAGACUGCUGAGGAGAAGGCUAGUCUCAAGCGCAAGGCAGAGGAGAAGCUCGAGGAGAAGAAGAAGAAGCAAAAGGCUGAUGCAAAGGCGAAGAAGCAGGCCAAGGCUAAGCCGAGGACUGCUGGUUAG